UCUGAGAGUCAGGAGCCGACAUGCCCUGCCGGCCGUCAGCCAAAUCCAACAGCCGGGAUGCGAAAUCUGUGAGUUGGCUUCGGAAUGCCGUGUGCGGCCGCAAUUUUAGAUCAGGAUGGAAAACAAGAUCGCGCCGCGCCGCGUUGCCCAAACCCCCGCAACCCUCGUUUUCUCGCGCUACCCUUUCUCCCGCCCACCCGUUACAAGGAAUUCUCGCUCUCGAUCCGAUUCGUCUCCUCCUCUGAUCUCUCCUCCGCUUCUGAUGGGCUAACUUUGAAGCCGAUCAAUCGACCGAAAGUCGAAGAUUUCUCGUUCUCGCGGCGUUGGGUUCUUUCUUGAGAGAAGUGGAUUAGGGUUUGGCUCUUGGAUUCGAAGAGCAUCGACAAUGCCUUCGGUGCUCGGGGAAUUCUUGCAGAGGCGAGCGGGCGCGGCUCCGGUACCCUCUCAGAUCUCGUACCAUAGCGGUUCUAGUAGUUGUUCCCAUCGUCUGAAACAGUUGGAGAAGUGGAAUCGUCGUGGUAAUCUCAGCUAACAUUAGGCCCCCAAGGGUAGAUAUUACCCUCGUUCUUUGGGAUUUCUCCUCUCUUUCUUCUUCGUCUUCUUGUUCUUCUUCUCCUUCUUCGUCGCCGUUUCAGCGUUUGAGGCAUUUCGCCUUAUUCUUGGAUCUGAAUCUGAGCGUGCUUGGGGAACGUCGGAAUUGUUUCCUUCGGGCUUCGGUGCAGGUUUUGAGUUAUUUGCUCUUAUUGGUGGAGAUUACAGAGUUUUCCGUCGAGGUUGCUAAAUUGGUUGUUUUUUGAAGCUGCAAUACAUGUAACUUUAGAACAAGAAUUUGAAAAGAAGAUCUUGCAUUUGCUGGACACCCUAACACUGAGGCAUGCAUUAAUUUGCUGGACACCCUAACACUGAGGCAUGCAUUAACUAGGGUUCCUGCGAUGUGCUCGGUUAUCUCAGGUGGCCUCUGGAUGGGAAGUUCCAUGCCAAGUUCAACUUCUGAAGCUGUUGGCUUGAAUUCACGUUUCCACAGUCAUAACUAUAAGCAUGCAUGCAUGGAACAAGAUCAAUGUACUUAUGGCAUUAGGGAAAAGAUUAUGAAGGGAAUAUCUCUAGAGGAUCUUGACAUUCAUUGUGUAACUGAGAAUGAUAAUUUGAUCAUUCCAGAACUUGGAACUGCUCUUGAAGAAGUCCUGCAUAUUCAUGAUGAGUGCUUGAAUGAUAGUAAUCUCACUUUAAAUCAGCAUGAGAUCUGCAAUGACUCUGAGAUGCAGUCUUUCUCUGUCAAUACACAUAUGUUGAAUGGUUUGUGCAAAUGUGAAAUGAUGUCACGUUCAGAAAUGUUGCAAUUGCAUCCUUUAGACAUAGAUGUAGGAGAGAGAUUAUCAAGUCCGGUGGUGCAUAUCUGGAGUUCUUCUAAGCCUCCUGUUUCAAAGUUAGUGUCUGCCAUGAAAGGAAGCCGUUCCCACGAGGGGAUGCUCCCGAAAAUGAAGUUACGUGUGAAAUGGUCGCCAGAUGUCUAUGACCCACCACCUACAUCUGAAUCACACACAGUAAAGGGUCACCGCUACCGUCCUAAGGCCACAAAGAAGGAUUAUUACAAGCACAAGCAUGCCAAGGGCAAGUCUUCUCGAGGGAGUGGUGGUGACAGGAAACAUGCUUACAAGAGAAAUGCCAGCAAUCUAAUUGAUCCUCAAAACUUGGAGGUUGCAAUCACUUCAUGAGAGACCACUAUUAAAUGAUUGUGACCAGUCAAAGGUGGAGGUCCUGGACUAUGCAGUUAGGACCCAAGAAUUGAAGUGUGGAAGCAGCUUCUACAUCGAGUCAAUUGCUCCAGUGCAUCUUUAAGUUUCCAAAGCCUCAUGAGUGGAAACUUUAUUCUGUGAAGCAAUGGUUUUCUUUGCUUAUGAAUUAGAUCAAAACUGCCAGGGUGCAGAACAGUUUUGUGAUCCAUCUUUGUUGAAACUCCAGAACUGGGAUUCUCUUUUUGUUGGUUGGUGAUGUUCACCAUUAUCAACGAUGCUUUUGUUUCCUCGUCCUUUCAGUAUAACUGAAGUGAUUUAGUUAUUCAAAUAGUGUUGUUUGAGUAGUUCAUGCCGAUUGGAAUCA